AUGCAAACGUUAUUUGGAACUAGUCUGGAACUUUUAAACCAAAUCAAAUAUAUGGAAGUAAUUAUAAACAAUAAACUUAACUGGAGUAGUCAUCUAGUAGUUCAGAAGGCCUUUGUUGCCAUCUGUCUGUGUAGAAGAGCUGUUGGGAAAACAUUCUUCAAAGAUAGUCCUCUGGUUGUACACAACUCAAACAAUCGUCAUACUUGCAUCCUGAAUAAGGACAAAAAACACCUACCCACUAGGGCUGAAUGGAUCCCCAAACACCAUGUUUUAACAAACAAUGUCAUGGAACACGCAUGUGUAAAAGGGCAUAAUGAAAAUGAAAAGGCCGACGAUCUUGCCUAUAUCAAAAUUUGUCUUGAAUACCCAAAUAAAGAAAUUAACCCACUAAAAACAAAUCGGUAA